GGUGGCUGGCUCAGCCUGGCUGACUGGCUCUCACGAUCGGGCUGACUUGACUGGUUGUCGUCAUAAAAUUGAGAAGUAUUUGUGUACAUAUUUACUUGUAAACUAAAAAACAGUACAGUCUACGCAGUUCAUUAAAUCUGAAAUUUAUUACCUGCUUAUUUAAUACGACAAACAUUGACCUUUAUUAAAAAAAUUGGUUUGUAUCUACGAACCAGUUGUGGAAUGGAGAUGUGAAUUAUUUCUCGAUUAUGGAUUCAAUAAGGAGAUCAUGGAAACUACAGGAAUUUGUCGCUCACAAGGCGAAUGUCAAUUGCUUGGCAAUGGGACACAAAUCAAACCAAGUGUUAGCAACUGGAGGUGAUGACAAAAAAGUUAAUCUUUGGGCUAUCGGUAGACAAAGUUGUUUAAUGAGUUUAAGUGGUCACACAACUCCUGUGGAAUGUGUUUGUUUCGGACAUUCGGAAGAUUUGGUAUGUGCAGGCUCACAGACUGGGGCUUUAAAAAUCUGGGACUUAGAAGCUGCAAAGUUGUUAAGAACUUUCACUGGGCACAAGGGAGCUGUUAAAUGUAUGGACUUUCAUCCUUACGGUGAUUACUUGACAACUGGAUCUUGUGACAGCAAUAUUAAGCUCUGGGAUACAAGAAAGAGAGGUUGUAUUGUGACAUACUCAAGUCACCGACUUGCUGUCAAUAGCCUCCAAUUCAGUCCUGAUGGGCAGUGGAUAGCAUCAGCUUGUGAAGAUGGACUUGUAAAAGUGUGGGAUGUGCGUGUUGGCAAAGUACUGCAAGAGUUCAUGGAGCAUACGGCUGCAGUCACCAGUGUCAAGUUUCACCCACACGAGUUCUUGCUAGCAAGCUGUGGCACAGACAGGACUGUCAACUUUUGGGAUAUGGAGAAAUUCCAAUUGGUUUCAAAGUUUGAAAAAGAUAACACAUCGAUUCGACAAAUGGUAUUUAGUGAUGAUGGAACAACUCUUCUUGGUUGUGGAAAUGAUGGACUCCAUGUGGUUGGUUGGGAACCAAUCCGAACACUCGACACUGUUCAUGGACACUGGGGCCAAAUUCAUGAUAUAACUGUGGCACAGACACAACUUAUCGCGGGGUCUUUUCAUUCAACUUAUGUGGUGUUAUCAGUUGUUGAUUUGAAUAAAGUUUAUCCAUUUGGAGGGCCUCCACCUGUGUCACAAACUGUUGUUAGAGAUCUGUCGCCUUUUCAAAAAGGACACUCUGUAAGGAAGAGCUUUUCAAAGGAAAAACCAGCAAAAGAAGUAUUGCAUAGAUCGACGCUUCUAGAUGAGAAAACUGCUGAAGAAUCAACUUCAGGGACUGAAGCAGAUGAGGAUUCAGGUGCAGUUAUAUCCAAUAUUAAUGACUACACUGAAAUUUUCCGCCCUUCUAGAGCAUUAAUGCGCACUCCACCCCCUGCUACGAGUUUAUCAUCUGAGGAUUAUUCAAUUUCAAGUCACGAGUCGACCGUAAAGCUGGAAAGCGGCGUGGGCACCUCGCUGCGGGAACUGAUGCUGGAGGCGCCGCCGCAGCGACCGCGCCCAGACUACUCCCGCAUACCCACCUCCACUAAAGACUACGCCGUUGAGAAGAAAAACGAAAUAUUCACAAGGGUGAUGGACUCGGCUAAGGAAAAUAACGCCUUUACGUCGACGCAAACCACCGCAGUUCGCGAUUACGUCAGCAGCGCGCUUUCGACCUCCACGCUUAACCGCCAUAACUCAUAUAAAGAAACGAAAUCGCCAGAUCUAACAAAUUCUACAAACCUACGCCAAAGUAAUAGCGAGAUGGCACUAGGUCCUGCAUCUUUAGGCCCAAGAUCUCUAUCAUUUACAAGAAUACCGAAUGAUAGUGCGAGAAGAAGGGCAGAGAGUAUAACACAAGAACCGGAGCGGGACCCCGAGCCGGAGUUUGUUCCAUUUGCGACGGACAGAGCGGUGGGAUUAGAUCUUGAGGAAUUCUUACCACGCGGCUUGGCGCUGGGCGGGCGGCGCGGGCGCGGCGGCGGCGGCGCGCAGCCCAGCGAGCAGGAGGUGCUGGGCGUCAUGAUGCGCGGCCACGACUCCAUGAUGGCCGUGCUCGCCGCCAGGCAGCGCUCGCUGCAGAUAUUUCAUUCAGUGAGGAUAAACAAGUCUCUAAAAUCAGCGUUAGAAUCAGUAAUUGCCUUAGAAGACAAAUCUGUAAUAUUGGACAUACUCAAUGUGAUGGCGCAUAAACCAUCGCUGUGGAACUUAGACAUUUGUUUGUUGAUGCUGCCUAAAAUUUACGAUUUACUGCAAAGCAAAUACGAAUCAUACAUGCAGUGUGGAUGUAAUGCCCUAAGACUGAUAGUACGUAAUUUUUCGUCGGUGGUGCGCGCCAACGUGAGUGCGCCGGUGCGCACGCUCGGCGUCGACAUUCCUCGCGAAGAACGUUACGCGAAAUGUGUUCAAAUACACCAAUUGCUGCUAGACGUGCGGGCCUUUCUGCUCAAACGACAAACCCUGCAAGGACGCCUUGGAGCUGCCUUCCGUGACCUCCACACUCUUAUGCAACAAGGACUUGACUGACCAUGACAACAUGUUUUCACAUUUUAUAAAAAAAAUAAUCAAGAACACAAAUCUCAUAAUGGCGACACUACUAUGAUGCUGAUAAUUUUGUAAAUUUGUAUCAUAAUCAUUACGUUAAAGAUGUAUCGGUCCAUUAAAAUUUCCAUAAGUAAUACUUACAUGUUUAAAUUUAAAUUGAAGAUAAACCAAGUUUUAAUUCUUGGUGCUUGUGUCUUUCAGGAUUAAGAAAAUUUUUAUUAUGUUUUAAUUCCAAAUCUCGUUAAUAAAUCCAACAAAAAAAAUAUGAUUGUAAAUUGGAUAUUCUCAUUAUUGCAAGGCUAGCCAUUUAUUCUAUGUUAAAAUAAUCAUGUUCCAAAUAUAACAUAUUGUUUAACGUUGCUUGGCUAUUACACCAGUCAGCUGAGUAAGUAUAUCUACUACUACCUUCAUUUAGACCUUACAUAAACAAGUUAAUAUUUCUUUGAAAAACCCUGUAUAAUGACUUUAUUUUUAUAAAAAUGUCUAUGUACCUAAUGAUAUACACAGCAAACAAAAUUGUUCACAUACUAUUAAAAUUAAAUUAUUUACAAACUAACAAACUGCAUAAACAUAAUUAUGCGUCAGCAUCACUCAAAUCAAUAAAUAUUUA